CAGAUAUCCAUGCCCAUAGUAUUAUUACAAAUUAUAUUUUACGUAACCGUGAAACGACUUCAUAAAUGAGAUAAAAUGUCUUUGCUUUCACGUAUUCCAAAAUAAAGAUGUAGUGAGGAAUAUACACAUUUUGUAGAGAUGGCACUUGCUAAUAACAGCCCACUGAUGUCAAAUGGUAUCUGACGUUUAUGAUUUUUUUAAGGUUACAUAAAUAUAAACGAUAUACACCUAAAACAAAUUUUGUUGUUUAAAUCAUUUUUUAAUUACAAUGGUCUACAUACACUUUCCUGCUAACUUCACUGAGGAAGAACUGAUGCUUCAAUCCAAAUACCAGAAAUUGAAAAAGAAGAAAAAAGCGCUGCAGGCUCUCAAAGCACCAAAACCAGAGCCAGAAAAACCUAUCAUUCCAAAAAGGCCAGCUGAAGCCAGAGAUGCUAGAGAAGUAGCUAAAAAGCUGAUACGGUCUGGUGUUAUCCCAGCGAUUGCAAAACAACAAAAGCAACAAGAACAGGGAUUCAAAAGGCCAAGAGGUCUAGAACGUAAACUCAUUUCUGAGAAGACUGUCAGUGGGUAUCAGCCCUUUUCAGCAGUACAAAUGGACGAUGGGCCUGAUAAUCCAGAAAACAAGCCGCCAAGAAUCAAAAAUCUGUAUGACACGUUUGCAAAUGCUAGAGAUAGAGAAGAACGAGGUAUGAUCGAGAAACCACCACCAAAACAAGAGAAGCCAAGGCAGGGAAAUACAAUCUAUGUAUCAGGAUAUAAGAUAACUGAGGAGUUCUUGAAGAAGCAUUUUUCAACAAUGGGAAAUAUCAUCAAUAUAUCAAUGGAAAUAGAAAAGAAUCGAGGAUUCAUAACUUUUGACAAAGUUGAAGCAGCAGAUAGGGCUAUUGCAGAGAUGAAUGGCAGUAUGAUAUCAGACAUUCCUCUGAAGGUAUCACUUGCCAGAAGACAGCCUCAGAUUGAGCCUAUCAAUGAUGCAACGUCUUCUUCAGCAUGGGCGACCUUAGCAUCAAGUCACUCGCAAAAGGGUAAUCAUAGAGAUAAAAGGAAUUUGGUGACGUACGAUGAUAUGUUUGAUUAAAUUGAUGAAUAAGGAAAUAUGUGGUCUUUGAGGUUGAUUGAUGUGGAAAAUAGUGUAUAUAUGUAUGUUUUGUUUUUAUAUGGUAGUAAUUAAACUGUUUUAAUUUAUGACAACACUUGAAAACAUCCGUCAUUCUACAACAGAUGCUCAGAAAUGAGAAACAUUGCAACUGUUGGUCCAGUAUCGGCGUGAUGCAACUGGAGAUAUUUUACCAGCCCUGUGAUUCAUUUGAACGCCGCCAGAUGGGGCAUCAAGCAACUUCUCAGAACAAAGGAACCGUGACGUGGCUAGGAUUGAAUUUGCCUCAAACAGUUGGUUGGUGGUGCUAUAGACUAAUUGGUCGGCUCCACGGAAAGGAGGAGAUGCGGGUUCGAAUCUCGCCGGCGUCCAUUUUUCCUCUCUCGCAAGUUAUCAGUCACUAAACAUACUCGCUGUUGCGAAUGUUACUGACAUCACACGUUGAUACCGUGGUAAGUGCCCACGAGGCGGCGUGAUGCAACUAGAGAUAUUUUACCAGUCCGGUGAUUAUUUUGAACGCCGCCAGAUGGGGCAUCAAGCAACUUGGCAGUACAAAGGAACAGCGGCGCGGGUAUGAUUGAGUUACGUCGGCUCCACGGAAAGGAGGAGAUGCGGGUUCGAAUACCGCCGGCGCCCGCCUUUUCUUUCAAGUUGUUGUUUAGUGGAACCACCCCCACCGUCGCGCUUCUACUGCUGAGCGGAAAAGUAGCAAACCAUAUGCCCUGAGGCCUCGCCUGAUUGCUUUAAGAAACAUUGACGUCUCAUUCUAUAGUUGUGGAUUCUUUUGACUUCAAUUUAUUGCAGAACUGAACUGUAGAAUACUGCGACACAAAAGUUUGGUGAAUUUGUGGAAGGGCAAUAAAAAAAAUAAUAAAAAUUAAAACGCUUUAUUUACAAAAACAUGAAUAAAAAAUUUAAGCAAAGUCUUUUUA